UUUAGAAUUUUAGUGUUCUUAUGUCCAAACGCCCACUAAAUCUGUAAUCCUCUUCCUUCAGUGUGGAAAAAGGAAAAGUGGUCAAGUCAGAGUCGAGUAGUCCCCACAGUAGACUAGUUCCAUUUUUGGCAUCGGCGAUUCAUCUUUGUGAAGUAAAGAGAAAUGAGUGGUGGUGGAGAAGGGGAAGGGUCUACAUUGGAAUUCACACCUACUUGGGUGGUGGCCGCCGUCUGCACCGUCAUCGUUGCCAUCUCUCUUGCCGCUGAACGCUUCCUCCAUUUCCUUGGAAAGUAUCUGAAGAAGAAGAAUCAGAAGCCUUUAUAUGAAGCCCUACAGAAAGUUAAAGAAGAGUUGAUGCUUUUGGGGUUUAUAUCCCUGUUAUUAACGGUGCUUCAAAGUAGCAUAGUCAAGAUUUGUGUCCCUGAAGAUGUUGUCUUGCACUUACUUCCAUGUUCAUUAUCCGAGACGAAUGAAGCUGCUCAUGCUAGUCCUGGAUCAGAACAUCAUCGCCGUUUGUUGGCUGAAGAAGCAGCUGCUGCUGGCUAUUGCAGUGCAAAACACAAGGUCCCACUACUAUCUCUUGAAGCGUUGCAUCACCUUCACAUUUUUAUCUUUGUCCUUGCGAUUGUUCAUGUGACUUUCUCUCUUCUGACAGUUGUAUUUGGAGGAGCAAAGAUACGUCAGUGGAAGCACUGGGAGGACAGCAUUGCAAAAGAUAAUUAUGAGACUGGGCGUGUUCUAAAACCACCGGUCACACAUGUCCAUCAACACGAUUUCAUCAGGGACCGAUUUGCUGGUUUGGGCAAACGUUCAGCCAUUUCUGGUUGGUUGCACUCUUUCUUUAAGCAAUUUUAUGGUUCUGUCAGCAAGUCGGAUUAUGCUGCCCUGCGUUUGGGGUUCAUUAUGACACACUGCAAGCAAAAUAAAAAAUUUAAUUUUCACAAGUACAUGAUUCGGGCUCUGGAAGACGAUUUUAAGACUGUUGUCGGCAUCAGUUGGUAUCUCUGGGUAUUUGUUGUCAUCUUCUUGUUUCUGAAUGUUAAUGGUUGGCACACGUAUUUCUGGAUUGCGUUCUUUCCUUUUAUUCUUCUGCUUGCUGUUGGCACAAAGUUGGAGCAUGUAAUUAUACAGUUAGCUCAUGAGGUAGCAGAGAAGCAUGUUGCCAUAGAAGGUGAAUUGGUGGUAACACCUUCUGAUGAACACUUCUGGUUCAACCGCCCUCAAAUUGUCCUCUUCUUGAUACACUUUAUCCUCUUCCAAAAUGCUUUCGAGAUAGCAUUCUUUUUCUGGAUAUUGGUGCAAUAUGGCUUUGAUUCCUGCAUAAUGGGACAAGUUGGUUUCAUUGUUCCUCGGCUUGUUAUAGGGGUAAUCAUUCAGGUAUUAUGCAGCUAUAGCACGUUGCCUCUUUACGCUCUUGUUACACAGAUGGGUACCCAUUUUAAGAAAUCAAUAUUUGAUGAGCAUAUUCAAGUUGGUCUUCUUGGCUGGGCAGAGAAAGUGAAGAGGAAAAAGGGAUUGAAGGCGGCUACGGAGGGCUCCAAUCAAGGAAGUUCAACUGAGGGUUCCAGUGUAGGAUUACAGAUGUUAGGAAUCGGGCGAAAGGAACCACCAGCUAAUGGAGCUUAAGCUAAUUUAUUAGGAACUGAAUCCUGCAACCUUUGCCUGUAGGUGAAUUUUGCAUUUUGGUAGUAACGUUGCCUCGGAUCACAUUGUUGUUUAUAGGGGAUUGUGAUUCUAUAUCCAAGCUGAAAGUUAAAGCUUCUAAAUUCAUCAUAUGUAUUAUAAUACUGCUUGAUUAAGAAAAGAAAGAGAAUUAAAAUGUUGCUAGUCCGUUUGAAUCUGCGAUGAUUU